CGUGCUUAGCCUCAUAGAACAGUCGCAAGACAUUUUCGAGUUCCCCAGUUCCAGCAGUGAUCAUGAGACUCUUAACCUCAGUUGCAAUCUGGCUCACCAUUGCUAGCAUAGGGAUCUACGCUCAAGGGCUCUCCAAAGACACCGGAUCAACCAACGAGCUGCGCGCCCUCUGCUCGGUACUCUGUCUGCCUCUCAAACUCGUCUUUCCGAACUGCGAUACCCUCUGCCAGACAUGCGAAAAGCCCAAGACGUUUUGCAAGACUGGUAAGACGGCUGAGUGUGUUGACCUGUCAACUGAUGUCCGCAAUUGCGGGAAGUGUGGGAACAAGUGCGGCGACAAGGAAAGCUGCUGCAACUCGAAGUGCAUCCCCUCGGCCAGCUUCCAGACUGAUAGCAACAACUGUGGCAAGUGUGGUGUCAAGUGUGGUGACGGUCAAGCUUGCUGCGAUUCUCAGUGUAUAAGUACGAUGCAGUUGCGAAGUGAUGGCAAGAACUGCGGAACAUGCGGUAGCAAGUGUGGCCAGGGCACAGUUUGCUGUAACUCCGAGUGCCUGCCCAAAGACGCAUUCCAGAGCGAUCCCAUGAACUGCGGCAAGUGUGGGAACAAGUGCCCAGAAAACUUCAACUGCCACUCAGGCCAUUGUCUCGAACCACACACCUGUAAAGCGGGCGUCUCCCUCCUCGAAAGCUGUCAAGAUCCCAUCGUCAGCGGAUCAAGCUGUGGCGCCGGCGAAGACGAUUUGUGUGAUUGUAUGGAGCCUGUCGAAGGGGACCCGUUUUGUGGCGCAUUCGAUGGGCAAUAUUGUCAGGACGUGUGUGACUCUGAUAAAGACUGCCAGAAUAGCAAGGGCAAGAAGUGUGCGAGAAGGGACAAGACUUGUUGUUCGGCGGUGGCUACUGAUGGCAAGAGCCACAAGACGUUCCAGGGUGUGUGCUUUGAGGCUUGUGCAGGGAAACAAGAACUUCGACUGUUUUGACCUCUUCGGCUGCGGUUAUGUGGAACUUUCGAUGGUAUAGUUUUCAGGCACGUAACAAAAUUUGAGUCGUUGCACCAAGAGUGAUCAUCAGUAGCCCUUGCUGCUGAUCUGACAAUCAUCACAAUCUCUACCCGUCCCACGACCUACGUUGAUUACGC